AUGGAUUCCUACAAUGUCGGUCUGCUACUUCUUUGGCUUCCGGUCUUGUCCAGUGAAGUCCAAGUGAUCACUUACUCAGUAAAGGUAUUUCUUCGCGAACUUUCAACCGAAAAAAAAAUUCCAACUCCAUCUUUCCGUCUUGUCGUUCAACCAUUUUGAGACUGAAGAUUCCAAAACGGUCAUUUGAAGCUUCAAGAAGGAAAACAGCCGCUUGCGAAUAAGAUUUAAGAAAUUUACAGUUUUCACUCAAGAAAAAUGAUUCUUCGAGGCUUUUUUGAACUUCAAACAGUUUAGCCAACAAUUGGAACUUCUUCAUCACCUUGUUUUAAAGGUCAACGACUUUGAUGGAGGUGUCGAUGAACCGUCAUUGCAAAAAAUAACGCCUCUGUGACACUUCUACACCGACAAAAGAACCAAAUGUGAGAUUUUGAUUUUUUUUUUUCGCACCUGAUUUUGAAUUGCUUCACAUCAACUGGAAAUGAUAAUUUCAGGUGAAGGAUGUGCUAGAUUUUAUCAAUAAGUUUAAAAAAAGAAAUCGCCGAUUCUACAAUGCAAAGAGCUCUGAGAGUUUUGCUAUAACAAUUUAAAGUAAGCCUGCAUUUAACUCGUGUAGUGCAAAAAAAUCGAAUAUCAGUGUUUUAUGAUUUUAUUUGAGAAGAAAGUUUAAAAUUUUCUUUAAAAAAAUCAACUGAGAUGCUUCAUUCUUGAUUUUUCAAGUACACAUAUUGUAUUUAAGCACAAUAGAAGCAACUUUUCGAAAAAUUCUUUCGUGAACUGGAAAUGAUUUCAAAAAGUUUUUAUGAAAAAUACACAGUUCUGUUUGUACUUUGCGAUAGCCAGUAGCCACUAUCAUGGACCGAAAUCAUAACUGGAGGUUCGAAAAAUAUACAAUUUUCUGCUGAACUCGAAAGAUUUGAACUUUUAAGGAAUUCGGCUACUUCAACGUCAACAUGAGAAUAUGCCGAAUCAUUUUUUAAGAAAGGAGCAUCAUCAGUUUCCCGCAUCACACUGUGAUUUUUAUUAGGUGAGUAGCAAAUCGUAAAAAUGAAAUUUUCGUUUAUUUUAAGAGUGGAAAUAUCGUUACGAUUCAUUAUCCUGCUUCGAAAAUGGCUGAAAGCAUCUGGAACUCGCGUUGUAAAGUUAGCAAAGAAAAAACGCGAUUUUCAGACAUCUAUAUGAAGGUUUGUGUCAGAAUGAAAUUAUUUCUGAUUUUAUAAGUUUGAUUCAGAAUUUAAAUGAAUGAAGAGACCAAUUUCGAUCUCUUCGAAUCUUUGUGAAGAAAUGCUGUGUUGAUAGCUUGUUAAUCAAAUGAGGUAUGUAGGAACUUUUUUUGAUAGAUUAAAAAUUUGUAUCUUUUUACUUUUAUUUUUUUCACAAAUCUGCUUUUGAAGAAAAAUCAAAGAUUUGCAUAACUCAUACGGAGGCCAUCAGUCUUUCACACGUGCUGAAUCAUUGGAGGUUUGUUAUCUAGAAAAGAUUUCGCCUGACUAAAAUGAAAAAGAAAAAAAGACAGAAAAAAAUAUGUAAACAUUUCUCAUUUAGUCAUUCAUUCUUGAUAAAGUUGAAGCCGCAUAAAACUGUUUUUUUUCCAGGUUUAGAAUGAGAUUCAGCCUUUUUUAUAUCUGUAUAAUAAUUAUUAAUUUUCAGAACCACGUCGCUGCCCUGAUUGGCAAGUGCUCGUAAAGAAAUCGGUAAUCCACAAGGUUUCAACAAAAAAGACGAAAUGUAAGAAGAUCUCUUUUAAAUUUUUCUUUAAACUGCAAAUGAUUUCAGGCUUUUAAAAAUUGGGGUAACCUUAGAAGUCCUGAAUUUUGUCAAAAUAACCUGAAAAAAGCCUCUGAAUAAGGUAAGUCUGCGAUAUUUUUUCCCAUUUUGAUUCUUAGCCUUCUAAAUUCAAAUUCCGAUUCAAUUUCCUUUUUCAGAAAUGUACUGGUUUGAAUGAAAUCAGCAUAGCGGCUGAGACAGGUCUUAAGGAUUCAAGAAAGCCUCAUUUGGAGAAAGAAUCCGGAUGAGAGUACUUCUUGGUGAAUCAAUAAUCGUUUUAUCAAGUUUUUAUGAUCUUUAUAGGUUCUUGCGACUGCGGAAAAUCUCGUAUCUGAAGAGAUUCGAUGCAAAUCCGACGGCCCUUUCGAGGCAUUUCAACAAAUAAAAAAGCAUGUUAGCGUUCAAUUUUCACAACGAUUCAUCAAAAUUUUGUGAAAAGUACACCAAAGAAAGUUUUUCUUUCAUUUUCAAGUGUGGAAACCACGUGGUGAAAGGGUAAUUUUUUCUGAACUUUUUGUUUUACAGUGAACAAAAUGCAAUAUAAGGAUUCAGCCAUGAACAAAAUCGAACUUCUCCAAAUUUUAUGCGAAGGGCACCAUUUUCAACGUAUGGCGAAGGUUCGAAGGUUAGUAUUAUUGGAAAUAUUCUCUCAUUUCAAUAGAACUUAAUGUCUCUACGGAAUGCUCCAAUUGAGCUCACAUCAAAUUGAAUUUUUUUUUCAGAUUUAAAAAGCUCUGAACAUCUGUGAAGCGGGCUCCCACGUUUCCGACGGAAUGGUUUCUGUGAAAAAAUGGAUUCCAUCUCUAUAAAAUAAAGUUCGUGUUUUUUUCCGAUCAUAGGAAUAUCAAGUUUUUUUUUAGCCGCCCACCUGCAGAAAAGCGCCAAAUUUUAUGAGGUUAAGGAGAAAUCAUCAAAGUUACUUUUCAAAAUAUCGCUUUUGUGAAUUUUAUUCGUAUUCCUUUAAAACCCAGUAGUGAGCUUUUGAGUUGAAAUUCAUGGAUUAUUAUUCGCUACGAAGGAAAAAGAGUUAUCAAAAAUAUAAAUAUAUUCAUUUCUGAAUUUUCUCAAUUUCAGAGAAACUGGCAAUAUGUGGUUCAAGAGCCGUCCCACGGUUGUUUCAAGAAAGACGAGCCCUUUGCGACUUCAAAAUAUCAUCACCUACUCUACGCCAUGCUACUUUUCUACAAGGUAUGUCCAUCUAAUAAAUUUCUUUUCAAUAAAUUGAUAUCUAGUUUUACAGCGAACCGUUCAAUCAGUCGGCUUGCCCGCCUCCAGGAGGAGCGCACUCCGGUUUUAUCGACGACAUGCUUUUCGUGAACUUGAGUUCUCUGCUCUACACGGUCAUCAAUAGUAUGUAAGAGAAAUAAAUCACAUUUACAAAUCAAUAUUUUCUUGGGUUCUGAACGGCAGAAGAUCAACUUCAGUAAUUGUGCGGUGCAGAAAAGAAUGUUAAUAACGAAGAAAAAGGUUUUGUUACUUUGAAAAUAAUUUAAAUUCAGUUUUUGUUGCAGAUUCUGAGGACCUUUUCAUUUUUCCCCUAACGACAUCGUGGAAUUCUAGUUGAUGCGAAACUUUUUAUUCAAUAUGUUGUUAUUAUAUAUUUCUUUUUGUUAUAACUUUUGUUUUCUUCUGUCGUUAAUGAAGUAUUUCAUUGAAUUGUCCAGUAAUUAUCUUUGUUAGAGUUCGUUCUCUAAAUUUAUACUUCUCAAAAAAAUCUUCGUUUUUUUGGUUGAAGAUAUGAAGAGUUAACGAUUAAUAUUCAUGACUGCAGGACAUCGCCCAAGAAUGUUUUCAAAAAGAAAAAGAUAUCUUUUCUACGGGCCAGCUCGUCCACAAACCCAACGAAAAGGUAUGCAUCCAAGUUUCUCUUUUAAAGCAUAUUUUUCCGUAGGUUGCAACCAAGUUUCUGCUCGAAAAUUUGCACAUCGAAAUUUUAUUUUUGAUGAAGGCUUUCUUUUUUCAUACGCUGCAUGAUUUGGAGUUCUUGAAUACAAAAUUUUUAUUGUUGCAGUGAAAAGGAAAACGAGCUUGUUCAAAAACGCGGUUUCAAGCAGGCGAUUCGCUCACCUCCCGAGAGACGUCGGCCUUCGUGAGGUAAGCAUUCAAAUUAGUUCUUGAAAACUGCUUUUCAAAAAAUAUUUGGCUUAUUAAUCAGCGCAAAUUUUGUUUAGAUCUGUCUUAAGAAGUAAAAUUUAGUCAUCAGCUCUCGAGAAAAAUUGAGGUGCAUCUAUUUUCAGAUGAAAGAUCAAGGGCGACAAAAAGGCGACAAAAAAGGAAAUCAAACGGAUUUUCACUCCGCGGGCCGGUCAGCUUAACGACGACCACUUCAAAAAAAACAGCAACAUGUAAGAACGAUAUUUUCAAAACUGUUUUUCGCAAAUUUCUUUGAUGUCGGAUUCCUAUUUCAAGGUUUCCUUGACAAAUCUGCUACAGAAAAGCUUAGCGAAUGCUUAGUCAAGGCUGUAAAAAAAUAUUAAUAAGAUAAACAAAAAAAUUGUAUUUUGCAUGAUCAGGGAAGGAUUACAGGGUUCUGCCAAGGAAAAAAAUCGAUCUUCUGCAUAUUUUGAGCAAAGGACAUUUUUUUCCAACGCAUGUUGAAGCCCCUACCGAAGGUUUGUAUCACAUAGAUUAUUUUCUUAUUUCUGAAUAUCGAACGUUUUUUCUCUAUCGAGAUAUUAGUUGAGCUAGCAUCUGAUAAAAUCAUGUUUUCAAGUUACAAAAAUCUCCCCUUAUAGCGGGCUCCGAUGUUUUCGACGACACCGCUCUUGUGAACGAAGUGGAUUCUGCUGACCCUAUUCGAGAGCCUCUUCAUGGAAUAAGGUUUGUGAAAAUUUUUUCUGAUCAUAAAAAUAUCAAGUUUUUCCAGGGCUCAGUGAGAAGUGAGGAAUAAUAGCGGGCCGGUCCUUCCAAACAGCCGGCUCGCCCACAUGCCGAAAGACGUCGAACUUCCCGAGGUAAUUAGUUAUUUUUCCGAUCAUAGGAAUAUCAAGUUUUUCCAGGGGUGCGUGAGAAUGGUUGAAUAAUCGCGGCCGGAAUCUCCCAAACAACCGGCUCGCCCACAUGCCGAAAGGCGUCGAACUUCCCGAGGUAAUUAGUUAUUUUUUCUGAUCAUAAAGUAUUAAGUUUUUCCAGGGGUGCGUGAGAAGCGUCGAAUAAUACCGGGCCGAAUCGCCGGCUCGCCCACACGCCGAAAGGCGUCGAACCUCCAGAGGUAAUUAGUUAUUUUUUCCGAUCAUAUGAAUAUCAAGUUUUCCAGGGCUGAGUGAGAAAUGUGGAAUAAUAGCGGGCCGGAACUUCCGAACAUCCGGCUCGCCCACACGCCGAAAGACGUCGAACUUCCCGAGGUAAUUAGUUAUUUUUCCGAUCAUAGGAAUAUCAAGUUUUUCCAGGGGUGCGUGAGAAUGGUUGAAUAAUCGCGGCCGGAAUCUCCCAAACAACCGGCUCGCCCACAUGCCGAAAGGCGUCGAACUUCCCGAGGUAAUUAGUUAUUUUUUCUGAUCCUAAAGUAUUAAGUUUUUCCAGGGGUGCGUGAGAAGCGUCGAAUAAUACCGGGCCGAAUCGCCGGCUCGCCCACACGCCGAAAGGCGUCGAACCUCCCGAGGUAAUUAGUUAUUUUUCCGAUCAUAGGAAUAUCAAGUUUUUCCAGGGGUGCGUGAGAAUGGUUGAAUAAUCGCGGCCGGAAUCUCCCAAACAACCGGCUCGCCCACAUGCCGAAAGGCGUCGAACUUCCCGAGGUAAUUAGUUAUUUUUUCUGAUCAUAAAAAUAUCAAGUUUUUCCAGGGCUCAGUGAGAAGUGAGGAAUAAUAGCGGGCCGGUCCUUCCAAACAGCCGGCUCGCCCACACGCCGAAAGGCGUCGAACUUCCCGAGGUAAUUAGUUAUUUUUCCGAUCAUAGGAAUAUCAAGUUUUUCCAGGGGUGCGUGAGAAUGGUUGAAUAAUCGCGGCCGGAAUCUCCCAAACAACCGGCUCGCCCACAUGCCGAAAGGCGUCGAACUUCCCGAGGUAAUUAGUUAUUUUUUCUGAUCCUAAAGUAUUAAGUUUUUCCAGGGGUGCGUGAGAAGCGUCGAAUAAUACCGGGCCGAAUCGCCGGCUCGCCCACACGCCGAAAGGCGUCGAACCUCCCGAGGUAAUUAGUUAUUUUUCCGGUCGUAGAAAUAUCAAGUUUUUCCAGGGGUUCGUGAGAACCGUUGAAUAAUACCGGGCCGAAUCGCCGGCUCGCCCACACGCCGAAAGGCGUCGAACUUCCCGAGGUAACUAGUUAGAUUCUCGCAACUACGAAAACUCUCUUAUCUGAAGUAGACAUAUAAAAGCAUCUGCUAAUAUGAAAAUAUAAAAAUACCAAGGUUUUCCAGGGUUUAGUGAAAGGUGUCGAAUAAUACGAUGCCUGGAUUAUCCAGUUUGCCAGCUUUCCCAACUGCAGAAAGAGGUCAAUCUUGGUGAGGUAUCGAUUCUAAUUUUUUUCUCGUUCAGGUUAACUUUUUAAACCGGUUUUUUCAACUAUAAUUUUUGAAAAUAAGAAAAAACGUCUAUUAUUUUUACGGAAACUCAAAAUAAACCCUUUCAGGCGUAUGGCUUGUUCGAGAGCCGUGAAAAAGGCGGAAAUCAUACAUAUUUCCGUUUAGCGGCCCCUGAUCGGCCCAAGUUCGACGCACGUUACAACAAAGCAGACGGCAGGUAAGAAAUUCCGGUUUGAUUUCUGUCUCAUCGCUACCAUUUUAAAUGAUAUUUGACCACUUAACGUAAAUUAAUGUUCCUUUCAUUGAAAUUUUAUGUUUGUUUCCAGGUUCUCGUCUCAGCGGACUAUCUGGAACCUGCAAAAAAUUUUUCAUUCUUGGCCACCAAGAAAUGCCAAUUAGAUGCACCAUUUGAGGCUUUACAACAAAGACCGCCGCUGAUCACUCGAAAUUGACAAAAUGAAAGCAGGUUUCUGUGAAAGACUUUUCUAAAAAAUUAACUUGAUUUUUCCUAACUUGUUCUAAUUCAACGCUUUCUCAAAAACUUAAUCUUUAUAGACGUGAAACGAGCCGGCAAAAAGCAGUUCUUUUUUUGAAAAAUCAAAUAUAUUUCUUUCAGGAACGUAGUUUGACAAAUUGGUUGUGCGGGUGGAACAAAUUUCUCCAAAUAAAAAGUGCCUCGGUUGGAGCCGUAAUGAGAGGAUUCCAUGGUAAAUCUACAUUUAUUUCAUCGUCAUUUUAUGUUGUUUUGCAGGUUUUUUCUCAACAGGGGCGUUUCUGGCAUAUACGCGGAAUUCCGCCUCGAUGGCCGACUCGUCCAACAAGAAGCUCUUACGGAGUCAAUGCGAUGCCCACCGCGGCUUUCAGCGUGUUCAACAACAUCCAACAAAGAUGACGACAUGUAAGUAAGAACUUCAACAUUAUUUUGUGAAACUUUUUUCCCAACUGAAACAAUUUCAGGCUUUUGCUGAAACGCUUCGAUAGGAGGAAUCUCGCACCCCGAAAGGCGUCGAAGUUCACGAGGUAACCAUCUAAGUUAUUUUUUUCAGAAAUUCUUUUUCGAAAAUUUCAAAGUCCGCGAAUCAUUCGGUCUGAGGGCUGUUUUUUUUCAAACUUUUUUUUUAGUGGUAUAAACUAGUUUAAAAAUUGUGUACAUCUUUUUUCAAAUAUUUAUUAAAAAAAACAAAGAACGGGCAUAAUUUUUUUUCUUUUUUUUUGAAGGAGGCUUCUUCAGAAGCGACAAAUGUGGGAAUUAUACGGAUUCCCCCUCCGCUGGCCCGGUCGUCAAUUCAACAAAAGAAAUCUACAAGUAAGAAUGAUAUUUUCAAGAGAGAAUUUCAAUGUUAAUUUACAGUUUUGAGCUCUCUGGAUAUGGAUACGGAAUAUUGUCGCCUGGACGGCCAAAGAAGUCGAUAACUCCUCCGACAGCAAGAUUGACAAGGGAUACUUCAAACAUGUUUUUUUAGGUUAGCAACUUCUACUUUACUAAGAGUUAAUAUUAGUUUCAGAUGAGAGCAUUUUUUGA